AGCAGACACCGGCCGGUCUGUGGACGCUGCGCACAGGCAGGAAGGCAGACGGGGAGAGACGGAGCUGCAGGGAGGACGGGCCUUCACCUCUCAGCCACACCGAGGCAUUCGGUGAGGAGUCUGGGCAGCUGCCCGGACCUGUGAGGGCAUCAUGGUUGUGUCGCUGCGGAGCUGGGUCGCCAACGAGGGAGGAAAGCAUUUGGUCCUGAUGCUGUGGUUGGGAGCCAACACCUGGCUGUUCCUAAAGACCUUCCUCCUGUAUUCCACUGGACAGCAGUAUCACUACCUCUACAAGAUGCUCGGGCUCGGUCUGUGCAUCAGCAGGGCGUCCGCAUCUGUGCUGAACCUGAACUGCAGCUUGGUGCUAUUGCCCAUGUGUCGCUCCCUGCUCACCUUUGUCCGAGGAACACACACGGUAUCAAGCAGAAAGACACGCAGACUGCUGGACAAGAGCAAGACCUUUCAUGUGGCCUGUGGAGUCACCAUCUGCAUCUUCUCUGUUUUGCAUGUGUCUGCCCACCUGGUGAAUGUCGUGAACUUUAGCGUGAGCUACUCAGACGACUUUCCUGCUCUCAAUUUGGCUCGCUACAGAGGGGAGGACCCAAAGCUGAUCAUUUUGACCACAAUCCCAGGAGUCACGGGCGUCCUGUUGGUUCUCAUCCUCUUCCUGAUGUUCACGUCCUCUUCUUACUGUGUACGGGUGUCCAACUAUGAGAUCUUCUGGUACACACACAACCUCUUCAUUGUCUUCUACAUCAUCCUUAUGGUGCAUAUGGUCGGUGGAGCUCUGAAGUACCAGACCAACAUAGAGGCCCACCCUCCUGGCUGCCUCAGAGCCAAUCAGAGCAGCACGGAGCAGCAGGGCAAGGAGCUGGACCGAGGUGAAGAUGAAGAGGGGAGAUGCAGAGAGGAAGCUCACUUUCAGCCACAUUACCCCCAGACAUGGCUUUGGGUGUCUGGUCCUCUCUGUCUCUACUGCGCAGAGCGUCUCUACCGCUACAUCAGGAGCAGUGACCCCGUUACCAUAGUGACAGUCAUCAGGCAUCCCUGUGAUGUUAUUGAGUUGCGCAUGCUAAAGAAGAACUUCAAAGCUCGUCCUGGACAGUAUAUUCUUCUUAACUGUCCAGGUGUCUCUUCAUUUGAGAACCAUCCCUUCACACUAACAAUGUGUCCCACAGAGAACAAGGAAACUUUUGGCAUCCAUCUCCGAGUCGUGGGAGACUGGACUGAGCGGUUCACGCAGCUGUUACUUCCUCAACCAAAGAUAGACUUGGAGAUCCUUCCCAUGGUGAAACAGAGGAGAUACCCCAAGCUUUACGUGGACGGUCCAUUUGGAGGUCCAUCAGAGGAAGUGUUUAACUACGACGUCAGUCUGUGUGUUGCUGGCGGAAUAGGAGUCACACCAUUUGCCUGCGUGCUGCAAGCUCUGCUUGAUGGUUGGAGGGGUUUCAGGUUGCAGAGGUUGUACUUUGUUUGGGUCUGCAGGGAGCUCCAGUCCUUCUACUGGUUUGCUGAGCUGCUGUGUGCCCUUCAUCACAAGCUUUGGCAGGAAAACAGACCAGACUACUUUAAUCUGAAACUGUACGUUAGUCGGACAGACAGUCUGCAGAGCAUGUCUGAGGAUAAGUACCGCCCACUCACCUCGAGGCUGCUAGUUGGUCGACCAAGGUGGAAGUUACUGUUUGAUGAGAUUGGGAAGACCAAUAAGAAUAAGCAAGUUGGGGUUUUCUGCUGUGGACCUAAGGGUAUCUCCAAGACUCUCCACAGACUGUGCAACUCAACCCGAUCCUCUUCAACAACCUUUGAAUUCAACAAGGAGUCUUUCAGCUGAUCAAACAUGGGAAAUGGUUCUAGACUUCCUCAGAGAAAAAAAAACAGCAACUUUGGGAAGAAUGGAUUUUCAUACAUUUUGGGUUAAAUGCCCCUUUUUUUUAAGUACAUUUCUGACUAUCUAUGGCGAAUCUUGGUUAUUUGAAAUAAGAAUCUGUAGGCAAACUGUCAUAUAUCAUUUAAAAUCUAUAAAA